AUGAUCCCAAAUUCCGAGGUCAAAAAAACCCUCGGAUUUGCAGUGCACAUUUCGAGGCUUCCUCCAUCAAAAAUUCCCUUGGCGGGAGAAGAGAAAUUAUUCCAGGUGAAUUGCCGAAGUAUUUUAAUCCCUCAACAAACGAGGGUCCUGUUUCUUCUCGUGAAAAAAGACUGGAUGAUAGGAAGAAACGAACAUCUCAUGAGCAAUGUCCUAAACCUAAAAAGAGUAGGACGGUUACAAAGGAAGGCAAAGAUACCUGGGUCGCAACAAGCAACGAGGCAGUUCUUUUUGGAUCACAAUUAUUGUCAGCGUCUUCUAAACAAUGACAAGGGAACUCAAACAGACUUUUCUUUUGAAGAUUUACAGGCUUUAAACAGUGAAAUUAAUACUUUGAAGGAGGAAAACGCAAAUCUUAAGGCAAAGUUGACAAACAGCAAGCAGCUGAAAAGAGAGCUAUUUGUGGAUGAUGUUUUAAAAGAUGACGAGUCAGUCAAAUUUUACACAGGGAUACCUAGUCUGGCUUGCUUAACAAUGAUAUUUAAUUUGUUAAAGCCCUUUGCAGAAAAACUUAAGUACUGGGACAAAAACAAAGAGAAGGAAGUUACGUAUCAAAAAGAUUCAAGCAAAAAAAAGCCUGGAAAGCAAAGAUUAUUGACCAUUAUGGAAGAGUUCAUCUUAACUUUGGUGAGACUCAGACUUGGGCUUUUAAGCAGACAUCUUUCAGAUAUAUUUGGAGUAUCAGAGGGAACAGUUAGCAAAGUCUUUACAACUUGGGUUUGUUUUCUGUCUACAGUUUUUCGUGACAUUCUCCUUAAAUGGUCUUGUAAGGAAGGCAUUAAGUAAACUUUACCACGGUCUUUUUGUAAGUUUCCUAGCACAAGAAUAAUAAUAGACUGUACUGAGAUAUUUUUACAAAAGCCAACAUCCCCUAGUGCCCAGAGGGCCACCUGGAGUAACUAUAAACAGCACAACACAAUGAAAGCACUAGUGGGAAUCUCACCUACAGGUUAUUUCACCUUUGUUUCUAAACUAUGGACUGGAAAUGUCAGCGAUAGAUAUAUUACUGAAAAAAGUGGUCUAUUGGACAAACUUGAAGAGGGGGAUUGUGUUAUGGCAGACAAAGGCUUCAACAUCAGGGAUCUGCUUACAAGAAAGAAAGUAGCACUUAAUAUCCCACCACUUUGCAAAGGAAACUCACCCUUUAAAGUUUAGUGGUUUAGUUAGAUAAAGGGAGUUUCAGAGGGAAGGAAUGAGAGAAGGUAUGGAAAAAGCAAACAGAUGGUCUCCUUAGGCUGGUAAAAAAUCUGAUAUAGCAACAUACCUAUAUCUAAUUGGUAGUAACAAUGAAGUUGAAGUUACUUAACAGGUACAAAUUCUUAUCAGUAUUUUUAUUAAUGGUUAAGGCAAGCUGCUCAUCAGGGAGAUACAUGUAACCAUUACUUUAACUCAAUCUUACAAAUAUGUUUAUAAAGGCUGCAGUUCCCAUCAUAUGUGAUCUCUUUUCUAGGUGCUUUGAUAUUUAACAUAAACAGCUUUGACUGAAAAACAGCAAGUUCUUCUCUAUCAGUAGCUUCUCAAGUUGGCAUUUACUUAAUUUGAAAUCUCUUUUUUUACUCAGGAAAGCAACUGUCUAAGAAGGCAGUAAAAUCUACCAGUGCUAUUCCCAGUGUUCGGAUCUAUGUAGAACGUGCCAUUGGACGACUUAAGGACUUUAGAAUUCUACAAGGGAACUUUCUUGUUCCAAUGCUGCCCAUUGCUGACAACAUUUUUAGUGUGUGUGCUGCUCUGUGCAAUUUGCUACCACCCCUGGCUAAAUAA